AUGGAGAUAGAUAAAUUACUCAAUGUUGCCGAUGCGGAAAGACUGAAUGAAGCCGAUGCGGUUGCACGUAGAUUCCAGGAUGAAGAAAAUGUAGUUGUUGAGGCUUCUAAACAACCUAUCGAUAUUGAUGAUUCCAACAAUAUGACUCUGCAAGAAAUAGCAAACCAAGAUAAUCUUGUGUUGGAAAAGAACAUCAUUUCCCAUGAAGAUGAUAAUGUUAAAAAGGGUCAAAGAAGUUCUAGAGGCGGUGGAAAUUCUAAAGGCGGUGGUAGCAGUAGAGGUGAUGUUUCAACCGACACCAGAUCGAAGAGAAAACUAACAGAUGAAGGAAGUUGCAGGCCAACCAAAAGAGGUGGAAGUCGCAGCGGUGAUCAUGGUGGUGGAAGCGGUGGAAACAGUGGUUGUGGUGGCCGUUCUCUCCCUCCAUUCCGAAACCUUCUGAGCGGUGAAGGAUUCAACUACCCAAUCGUGAAAAGGGAAGAUCAAUAA